GUAAAAUCACUUUUGGUACGGUUAUUUUGUGAUGGGGGAAUUCAGGUAGAAAACAUGCCAUGGCAAAGAACGUGACAGCUCCGUGCCAUCAUAUACCGAUGUCCUGUUGAUUGAGGUUAGGUCGACGUUUUUCUCGUUGAAGCUAACAGUGUUUGAGGAGGGCAAUAAGCGCCAACAGUUGAUCAAACUCCACAUACUCUACCUCUGUCGUGUGAAAAUGUGUUCUUGUGUCAAGUAAGAAUGGGAUAUAAAACAGGAUAAGAAGAUAGUAGUAGCUGGCAUCCUUUGGGCGGCCCCUGAUCCUUGAACAUCACCGACGUGAACUAUCGGCUACGUACAGAAUUACGAAGCAGAAUGGAGGAGCAUGUUGUUGGAGAGCGCAGAAAGCAGCUGUAUCAGUCUUUCGGACAUCCCUUUCUCUCCUCUCCCAUUCUCUUCAUUCCGUCGCUUUGCCUUCACGUCCUCGUAGCCCUGAAAGUGUUGCAUGUGCCAGAGUUUCACCUAGCUGCCCGCUCUUCGUAGCUUCGUAUGUCCAUUUGCACUAUUUACCAUCGUCGCCUUGACGUUGUUGACGUGUCCGUCUCGUCAUCGGGGCAUGCAUUGCGUGGCGGUUUUAUUUUCAGACAGCUACUCAUCGGAAGCCCUUCUUGUGUAAUCGAUGUCCAGGAUGUUCUCUCCUCGUUCCGUAGGCUGUAUUUCCGUUACUGUUGCAUGUAAUUUUGAGACGAUGUAGUUAUUCGUUUUGAACAAUGCAUUUGUGCUCUACAAGUACAGCGUGGAAGCAUGUUGAUGGUUAUGGUUGACGUGCGUACCUAGCCUCCUUCGCUGUUUAUAUUACUGCAGGCUUUGCUUCAACCCCGUGGAGUUGUUUCAACGUAGAAGACACUCCGUCUAUUGCCGGAGUUCUUUCGCAUAGACCACUAGGUUUGAUGAGGGUUCCUUCCCUGCCUACGGUGAGCGCUUCGCUUGCAAUCCCCCUGGUAAACAGCAGAGUCCAGAAACAGUGGUUUGUAGCUUCAUAUUUUAACUCUUUGGCUGCUGUGCUACAUUCAAGUUUCAGAGAACGUUCGCGGUGAAGGACUCAGUACAACACCCAAUGACUAGCGCUGGAGGCGUAGGCCUAAGUUCGAACCUGAAGGCUUAUCUCAAUUCAGUCUAUUCUGAGGGGUUGAAUUAAUUCAGAAGCUUGGUUAGUUAAUUAUCACUAUUACUACAGCUUCUGUGCAUGGGUACGGAUGUGGCACUAUGCUACAAUAUGAGUUUCUUAUUGCAACAAUCUCACUGCAACAAUCCUGUUUUCCCAAAAAUAGGUGGUCCUGGAUUCACGUGUUCUGUUUGCUAUCCUUGACGUCUCUGCUUUCUUCACAUCAAUGGCAAGAUUUUGUAUCGCAAUCAUGGAGAUCGCAUACGAUUAUCUGUUACGUUUUGUUGCAUCUGAAAGAGAGAUCACAACGCUAUUGUUGAUUCCUUUGACAUAUGGGGAAGUCUGGCGUACUGAACAAUUUAUAUUGCAAAGGGGUCUCUACUCCCUACGCUUGGAGGGACAUUGCUUGCUUCGGGAGCAGUAUUUCAUGAACCGCAGUGAGGGCUUUCCAUACGCAUCCUCUAUUCACCGUGCAUAGAACUACGAAGCACUGCCACAGGCAAAGUUGGACAACCUUGUGCAUUGCUUUAAGGAGAGUUAACCAUGUCGAGAACAUUGAAGGAAUCCAAGGGAAGAUGCGACAAUGAUGUCUUGAAGCCUACCUGCCUCAUGCAAAGCGACGAUGCAGAAAACAGAUCGGCCAAGAGUCGAGGGACUCCGAAAUGCCUGGGGGCAUUCAAAUGCAAACCGGCUCUGGAUGGUGGUAGCCAGGGGAACAAGGAAAAUAAAUUGGAUGAGCGGAGGGUUUUGUUGGCAAUAACUGUGGAAAUCGAGGAUGGAUGUGUGGAGCACAUUGAAAUGAAAGAGGGCGACUCUGCUGAAGCAGUAGCCAUAAAAUUUUGUCAGGACCAUAAUCUUCCAGAUCAAUUUGUAGCUCUGCUCACAGAGCACAUCGUUAGUAACAUAAUUAGUAUCAGCAAAGAGGACAAAGACAUCGUAUUUUGUUCUAACGAUGAGUGUGCUUCAUAUGACGAGACUUGGCCACGCAAGGACGUUCCCACAUCCCAAGGGCGUCACGACUCUCGGUGCGAGCAACAAUCCUCUGGGUCAUGUGAUUGCAAUAACCGUGCUGCCAAAAGCCGGUUUGCUGCUUCGGAGAAAGAAAACAAUUACUUUCAGAAAGGUCGGAAGUCUCCUACCUUAGCAAAGCCAAAGUCAAAUGUAUUACAGAAAAAAGUUUCAGACAGUCUUAUCGCUCCUACUGUGACCAGCUUAGCCAAAUCUGGAAACCUGGCACCGGAGAAAGAGAAGUCGAAGCCCUAUGCUCCAAAGCCGAGCCCAGAACAGGCAAAGGCUGUGUACAUGCGUCUUUACACUGAGUUUACAAGACACAAGAAAAAACAAGAGGAAGACAAAAAGCGCAGCUAUGAAAGAUAUCAGGAGAAGAUCGACAAGAAUAAAAUUAACGUUUCAAAGAAAUCCUGGAGGAUAAUGCUAAUGCGCGGAAAAACCGCAAAACAAUACAGGAAUUAUGGAGAACUCUUGUAUACUGAAGGUCUAACCAAAAGAGAAAAUCAACAAAAGCUCGUAGAAAAAAAGAAAAAGGAGGAUGAAGCUAAAGAAUUAUCUGAAUUGACUGGAAUACCUGAAAUCAGCAAACGAGCUAAAAAUUUACAGAGGGAGCAUGGUAAGGUUUGGAAGAGGCUCAAUCAAAUCGAAGAAAAACCAAAGCAAGAUCAAUUGCAGGAACUUCGAAAUGAGGUAUGGGAUGCUCAAUUUAUGGAAUGCACUUUCAAGCCUCAGAUUAACCACCGAAUAGACAAUUCUUUUGAACGAAAUGAUGGAUGUAAUCGGUUUGAACAACUUUUUCUGGAUGCGGAGAGUCGCAGACGACGGCAGGCGGAGUACAUGCAGUGGUUUCCUGAAGGAGUGACAUUCCGACCAGCUAUAAAUAGGGGUCAAGUGGAGGGGAUGGAUACGCCUGGGGAAAUCUGUAGUGUGCAGCAGGAGGGAACUGUCUUUGAAAGGCUAUUGCAGUAUGCAUCGAAGUUAACAAAGAAGAAGCAGAUGCAAGAGCACUUAGUUCACAGACCCGUUGAUCCUGCCACUGGAAGAAGGUUCUUCAAACCGCUCACAGGACGGAAACCUCAAACCGACAGGAACCCGAUACGUCUUCCAAUCGGUGAAUAUUUGUAUAAACUGAAGUUCGCCUUUGACAAUAAAAAGGAGGUCCUUGCUGCGAAGGAUAACAAGAUCAAAAAGGAACAAGCAAGUUGUCAGUAUGUUGGAGCCACUUCUCAGAGGCUACUGGGGCGUCUUGAAGAGAAAGGUUUCAAAAAAGUAUUUGAAUGCUUGGACGAGGACAAGGACGGAAAGGUUGUUCUUGCGACUGCAAAUUAUGAUCAAUUGAGUGCUGACGUGGUUCAAGACAUCAUGGAGGUGAUAAAAGACCAGGAAUGUGCUGAAAAGCCCUUCACUUGCAGUCAAUUUGUGCAGUUGAUGCUUGGUGCUGAGAAAAAAUGUCACAGAGCCACAAUACAUUCGGUUCUUAAGCAUAAACCUCAUUUCGAUAACAGCAACUCUAAUUAUCAAUUCAAGAUGGAUCGACUGUCUCGCAAUCUUGCUGGUCGAAGGAGAAAAUUCACCACAAGUCGACAGUGGUACAAGAUAAUUUGCACAGACAAAGAACGUAAGCAACGGAGAGUAGAAGAACUUCGGAAGGAGAAGCAGGACCAAGAAAUGGCCGAGUGCACAUUCAGGCCUCAGACGAUUACAAGGAGUUCCAAGAAGGGGAGUCAUUUAAAAGUGGGAACUACGAGUUUUUCUGAGAACUCGUCAGCAGUAGAAAAAGCGCAACAGGAAGUCCAUGGAUUCUAUUUUCAAGAUGAGCGGGGCCCUGAGUGGCUUGGAUUGCCGGCAGAUGGUCCAGCCUGCAAUGCUUUGUCACGUUCAGCUGAUCGUCACUGCAGCAGAGAAGUAAGCAGGGAGAAUGUGACAGUGCAAGUUACAUGCUCGGACGAGCGAUCGGAACCGAUGGGGAUUCUGGAUUCACUGAAAGUCAUGGUCUCGGAGUCGCUGGCCAACCAAAGAACAGGAAGGGGAUGUGCUCAGAAACUCGCCGAUCGUCACAACAAUAAAGGAAGAAUAUCGGGAAGGGUGUUCGCAGAGCACGCAACCGAGGCAUCACACCAAGCAGAACCUCUAUUGUCCUCAUGAUCUGCCAGGAAGAACGGGCCCUUCACUGGGCCUGUGUUUUUGGCAUUUAGCGUCUUGAUUUUGUUAACAAGUCCUAAACUCCCUUGUACUAAAUUAUCUAUCAGUCUCGCUGCCGUCUAGGAUUGAAAUGGUCCCAUGAUUCUAUGAUUAUAAUUGAGCUUAGGUCUUCUCUAGCUCAACUGGCAAAGCAGCAAAACCUAGGCUUUAAAAGGUCAGAUGAUCAUCCCUUGGGUCAAUUCUGGUGAAAAAUUUGGCUUCUUUUCUCUUAAAAUUGCAUCGAUCUAGUUACUAAGAAUCAUGAUGGAUGGUGAAGUUCCUCUUUUCUCGGUCACGUAAGAUCCCAUCAGCUUACAACAGUAGAUGUGAUUCGUUAUCUAGACGGCGUUUUCGGCCUUCACCCAAGCUUUUGUAUCUUCUCACUGCUAGAUGUACCUGCUCAUGUAUCAGUAACACUACUUCAGUCUCACAAUGAAGUUUUAACAGCCUUGUGACAUACUCUUUUUGUGUUUAGGAUUUUGUGAGCAGAUUUUGCUGAGGCAAUGACCAGGUGUACAUGGCAGCCGACAACAGCAGUACCAGGCUGGUUAACUGAAACCGAGAGCAUGUAACAGUCUUUCUUGGCAGUAGAAGCAAGCUGGAAAGGCUGUAAAAUGGGGAUGCAUUCUUCGCUGGUGGCGGAUACAGGCUAGUAUGUGGAUGGAAGUGGAGAUGGCGCACCAAAAUAUCCAAUUCUGUUGUUUGCGCCAUGCCCACAAGAGAAGCCAGCUUUAGUCGAGGAAAUGCGCCUGACCUUGGAGCACAGCAAGGGCUCCGAUGAAUUCAGAGCUGCAUUGUACCGGCCUAGGAUCACAGUUGCAGGGUGAUUCUUCAUGCAGCAUUUGAACCAUGCUCGUCAGAAAAAGGAUGACAUUGUACACCCCAUGUUGAGGACCAUACCCUCCACUUCGUCUUUUAAUAUUCAUAAGAUCGAAAGGCUUUCGUGCCAGAACUCUACCUCUUCACAGGCCGCUUGUCCAAGGUUUUCCCCAUAGUGCACAACAUGCACCCACAGUCUCCUUGUUGGAUUCUGUUGCAACUCUGCCAUGAAAGUCGACGGCAUGCACACUGGCUCCAGGCAUAGCGAGAGAAUGCACUCUGUGCAAGUCAUGAACGUUGCAAGUUAAUCCAGUCCGUGACAAAUCAUAGCUAUGGUUUGUUCUACAACGUUGAGAAGAGACGCCCAGUCACAACGAGUGUCAACAAAAUCAGGGUGGCUGCAAAACUUGACAGGAAGUGUCAACAUGCUCUAACAAACCAUUGCUCGCCUACAACAUAACAAACCACCUCACAUCUGUUUCAUCUCCCUCUA